CUGAAGUUAGAGUUGAGUAGCUAGAAUGUCACAGAAAUGGCAGCGUCUUCGAAGAUAACAGUCACCGCUAAGCUCGUACUGCGUCUCCGAGAUAUUACUGCUCCUACCACCAAUUGUUCUCAUUCUCUCAUUGUCCCCUCUAGCGUCACGCAGAGGUCCAUUACUACUGCUAUUACUUCCCAGAAGAAGAAGAAGAAGCAAAAAUUAGCGGCGGCGGGUUUAGUGAAGGAAAAGAGGAGGACGCGUUCUGACAAGGAAUUUGACAAGGAAGCGAUUCUGCGAUAUGGAGACAACCCCUCUCAUAUUCCUGUGAUGCUUGCUGAAGUACUGGACGUCUUCUCAUCUACUUGUUGGCGACCUUUACACUCUUUCGUCGAUUGCACGCUCGGGGCUGGUGGCCAUUCCUCCGCUAUAAUUAAUGCUCAUCCAGAGUUGAAGUUUUUUGUUGGCAUGGAUGUCGACCCUGUGGCACAUGAGAAGGCUCAAGCACGAAUUAAUUCCGCCUUGCAUUCUGACUCAUACUCUAGUAGUCCUGCUUCUGACCUGAAAGUAUACAACUUCUUAAAAAAUUUUCGUCAUAUCAAGUCUGCAGUAAGUAAAAUUGGUGAGCAACACUUGGACAUUGGAGUAGAUGGCAUUUUAAUGGACUUGGGAAUGUCAUCCAUGCAGGUUGACAAUCCUCAGAGAGGAUUCGGUGUGCUCAGUAAUGGACCGCUUGACAUGCGUAUGGACCCUCAGGCGAGUCUUCAAGCUGAAGACAUAUUAAAUUCUUGGCCAUCUGCUGAAGUGGGCCGUAUCCUGCGGGAAUAUGGGGAAGAAAGCAAUUGGCGUACUCUGCAGAAUAAGAUUGUUGAAGCCCGAUUACAUGGCGGAUUGCAUUCCACUAGUGAUUUGCUAGAUCUAAUUAAGCUUGUCUCUCCUCCAAUGAAAGGGGGAAGGCAAGGUUGGAUAAAGACAGCAACCCGGGUAUUUCAAGCUCUGAGAAUUGCUGUUAAUGAUGAACUGAACACCCUUAAAGAUUCGCUAAAUUCUUGCUUUGAAUGCCUCGCUCCUGGAGGUAGGCUUGCAGUCAUAUCCUUCCACAGUCUGGAGGACAGAAUUGUGAAGCAAACGUUUCUUGAUAUGAUUAAAGAGAAGGCAAGUAAUAUAGACGAAGGGGAGAACUGCGAUAAUGAUUUAACAGAGAUGAGAGGUGGGGUUGAAGAGAAAGAAACAUGGAUAAAACAUACAAUACAUGGAUCAAAUGGGAUAAUUUUGACGAAAAGGCCAAUCACACCUUCAGGAGAGGAAGAAAAAUUGAACCGCCGAAGUAGGAGUGCCAAGCUUAGGGUAAUUCAGAAGCAUUGAAGAUGUCUGAAUUCUAUAUAUCAUGUUUAGCGAGGAAGUUUUUCUCAUACUCAUGACAGUAUUUCUAUUGGAACCUCUCACUCUUGUAAAUCAAUACAAUUUUUUUAAAA